AUGGCAGCUAUCGCUCAGAAUGGAAAUUUCGUGGUGUUUUCAAGCGGUCAAAAGCUUGCUCUCUAUGAUAUCAGCGAAAAGAAAUUAGAGGUGAUAGAUACGGUCGCCGUUGAGCCAGAAAAUGAGAUCCAGGUUGAAGAACCAAAAGGAUGCACUCCAACAGAGGGUACCUAUGCGAUUCAGACGAUGUCCUUUUCCAAGUCUGGAGACUGGUUUGCCACAUGCAACGAUCGGAAGCAGCUGAUGCUAUGGAGGACGAACGGUGCAUUGAAUUGGAGCAAAGUCUCAACUAGGGCGAUGCAACGUCGCGUCAACAAAGUCACAUUCACACAUUCAAACAACGCCAUCCUCGUUGCGGACAAAGCCGGUGACGUGUACAGUUAUCCCGUCGACCGCCCGACAGAAUGCGGGAAACUUCUCAUGGGGCAUUUAUCCAUGCUCUUAGACAUUGCCAUUACUCCAAAUGACGAGUUGAUCAUCACGUGCGACCGAGAUGAAAAGAUCAGAGUGUCACAUUACCCCAAUGCUUACAACAUCCAUGCAUACUGCCUCGGACACUCGGAGUUUGUCAGUCAGAUUGUGCUGACAGGAGAACGCGACACAUUAGUCUCAGGUUCUGGGGAUGGUACGCUACGACUGUGGGAUUACAGCAAAGGCAAACAGCUCGCAAUAACAGACUGCCUCAAGAUCUUAGAGCCCGGUACGAGUACUGACGUGGAGGACAGAUCUGCCAACAACCUUGCCGUACACUCCUGUCGAUUUCACAAAGAAUCAAGUACAUUGGCAGUCAGUUUUAAAUGGUUAAAGGAAGGUUUAAAAGAGAUUUUACUAUAUCACUUAAAGUGCGACCACCAGUCAUCAGAGUUCCAGUACAAGCAGACCCUCUCUGUGUCAGAGUCGCCCUGGGAUAUAAGCUUCGAUGGCGAGGGAAACUUGUGGGUUUUACAACAGAAAGAAGACGAACCAGUGAUGGUGUUUACGAGAGAAAUGUCCAACGAAUAUGUGAAGUUACCAGAAGACCACAAACUUUAUACAGAACAUGUUGUUUCACUGAAUAAACAUUGGAACUUCUUCAAAGCCUCGCUCAAUGCCGACAACAUCUACGCAUUCUUGUACAAGUCUCGCAUCGACAACAUGAAGGACUACUUCAAACGUAAAGACCAGAAGUUAAACAAGCAAAAGCUACCUCAGCCUGAAGCAAUCGGAGCACCACCUGCUAAAGUAGCAAAACAGUCAUGAUGCAGUUUCUUCGGACAAGUAUUAAAAGAAUAAAAACUUCCUGAAGAAAUAGGUCCGUACCAUGACCGAAGGACAUCACGUCCGCAAACAACACACAACCUUGGAUUAAAUGAAACCCCCUGAACAUUUAAUCAGAAAUCACACUCAUAUAAUGAAGGUGCUCUCGUCAUGGGCUAUGCAUGUGUGGUAGGACUCUGAGGUAAAACAUAAUGAAGAGGUGGUAAAUUGUGAAAUAAAAGAGAUUUUCUGGGUGGCGCCCAAAAUCAGGGCAAGCUAGCGGGGAUGAGAAACAAGUGUUUAUUUUUACUUUCCCUCAGCUUGGACAAUAUAUUUCGAGCACUAUUCUGUAAUGCAAAAAAGCCAGGCGAACAUUUCCGGGUUUGCAGUUUUGUCAGAAAGUCGACAGGCUUCUAUGUAAAGAAUGUUUUUGUACGAGUAAGUGCUUAUAAAUAUUUUGAUGUAAUAUGAA